AUGGGUUCGCCAGACUCACAACCCACGCCCGCUGCGGCUGUUCCUCCUCCACCUGCUACUGCAGCCCUCCGUAGACCUUCGGCUGUCAACAGCCUCAUUAACGGAAAGGGCUCUACGACGAACGGGAGGGGAAGCAGCGAUCAUGAUAAUUCCUCUGAAGACGAAGGAAGACAGGAUAGAGGUGAUGCUGGAAGUGAGGGUGCUAGGAAACGAAGACGCAUCGACGGAAUUUCAUCACAAAAGAAAAAGCCAGGCCUUCGGGCUGGAAUUGGGCGAGAAUUAGAGGAACGACUUGACCGUGUAGAAGCAGUUCUUGCUAACCACUCCCAAAUAAUCGAAAAUCAUCUUCAAAAUCUCAACAACCAUCCCCAGUUCCCAUCACCAUCCACCGCUUCGCAUGAUCACCUUUCUCCCUCAAUAUCCCACCCUGGCACAACUGAACCGAUGAUGGCAGUCAGCCAUCCUCCCCCCUCAGCCCAGUUCACUGCUGUUUCACAGCCACCAGGCACAUUUGUUAGUACUGCGGGAAUAAUGCCCGCAGAUGUUGCCUUCCGGGAACAGAACCAAAUUGGAGAUCUUUCAAAUACGAAAUCUUUUGAUAAUGACCUCCCAACCGAUGAUCUCCUAUGCACCAUGGUCGAUUUAUUCUUCCAAAACAUAUAUCCAACGUGUCCUAUUCUUCACAGGCAAACAAUUGUGGAUUCUUUCUUUGGGCGCCAUCUGUCCCAAGUUGAAGAACCCGAUGUCAUUUUGAUGCAUUCCAUAGUCUCGGCGACCUUAAGGUUCUGUAAUGAUAGACGACUUGACGAAAAUUGGAAAGCGCAUUUUCGGUCGGUAGCGAAACGCAAAAUUGUAUUUUAUGCCCUGGAAAAUCCCUCUGUUCAAUCUUUGAAGGCCCUUGUUAUAUUGGUUCUCGAUGUUACUGGGUCAACAAAUGGCCCUUCGGGUUGGGGACUUUUGGCAUUGACAACCCGCAUGGCAUUGCACUUAGGCUUGGCGGUUGAACCUUCCAGAGAGGUUCUACCACAGAUAUCGACCAUGGGGGCAGGGAUAUUACCUGAAUCAAAAGACUGGGUCGAGGAGGAAGGACGUAGACGACUAUUUUGGAUGGUUUAUUUGUUGGAUAUUUAUACAACUCUUGGGACCUCGUUGGAUUUGACGUUAGAUGAAUCGGAGAUUGAUAGGUUACUACCGUGUCGAGAUCACCUGUGGGAUAGGAAUCAGCAUGUCACUACUCGAUGGUUUCGAACGCCCAGGAGGUCGGAUCAAACAGUCAACAAUGUGGAGUCUCUAUCAGCAUUUUCUUACCUGAUCGAGGUUCUUGGAAUCCUAGGAAGAAUUCACCGAUUUCUCCGUGAAACUGUCGACAUUAAUGUGCUCUCUGAUGUGGAGGCAUGGCAACUAAAGUAUAGAACUCUCGACAAAGCUCUCACCUCCUGGAAGUUCUCCCUUCCAAUGUCGUACGGAAACCUGACGCGUGCGCUUAAUCUCGGUGGUACGGUUGUGGACCCUUCAUGGAUAAUGCUUCAUGCCGCAUAUAACACUUCGGUGAUCCGACUUCACUCCUCUGCUGCAUAUCCAACUACACGCUCUAGCAUAUUUGGCCCUUCGUAUUCUGCUGGUCAAAGAUGUCUGUCGGCCGUAGAAAAUAUUGCUGCGUUAACUCGCCUUGUGAUUUCCAAUAACAUGCUGCAUUUGUUGGGAUCAACAUUUGCUUUCACAGUUUGGGUUGCUGCUCGUCUUCUCCUCGUACAUGCUUCGACAACAGAGUAUUCAACUAUUCCCGACGUCCGACUUUUCUUGGACGCACUUCGCGAAAUGGGUAAAUGUUACCAAACUGCCGAACGCUAUGCAACCAUAAUUCAGCGUGUAGUUGAGGAGUUGUCGCAAACACAAAUGCAAACUGCCAACGGAUCGGUAUCGGACCAGGAUACCGAUUCAACUGGCAGUAGCACCAGGAACUGUGUAGCGAUACUUUCGGACAUGAGAAUGACAGCAUAUGCGGUGGACGUUAUGAUCUCGCGCCAGCCAGAUUCUCGGAGAUCAACAGCACACUUGGGUAUCCCAACGAGCAAUGGUGAGUCUUCUGGAAACAAUGGUAGCGCAGCGUUGGAUUAUUUGGAUGUCUUCAACUGGUUCAAUUUCCCGCGGGUGGCUCCUGGGACGCACCCUUCAGGAACUCCAGUUCUGGAUGCCAAUGGACAGCAGCAGAGUAUGCUACCUGGGUUUGCGCCCAUGGGCACCGAAGAGACAGACUGGCUCUUUUGA